CUCCGAAGCAAUUAUUUAACGCAAUGGCUCGUACCAAGCAGACUGCCCGUAAGUCAACUGGAGGCAAGGCUCCUAGAAAACAGUUGGCCACCAAAGCCGCUCGUAAAAGUGCCCCAGCUACUGGAGGAGUUAAGAAACCACAUCGCUACAGGCCAGGAACAGUAGCUCUCCGUGAAAUUCGUCGUUACCAGAAGAGUACCGAACUUCUCAUCCGUAAACUUCCAUUCCAACGACUUGUUCGUGAAAUCGCUCAGGACUUCAAGACUGACCUGAGAUUCCAAAGCUCAGCUGUGAUGGCUCUUCAGGAAGCUAGCGAGGCAUACCUCGUUGGUCUUUUCGAAGACACCAAUCUCUGCGCUAUCCACGCUAAAAGAGUUACCAUCAUGCCCAAGGAUAUUCAACUGGCUAGACGUAUUCGUGGCGAGAGAGAAUACCUUAAGAACACCACGAGUUUCUUCGUAGAUCAAACCAGAAAUACGUUUGACACCACCUCGACGAGCGAGACGACGGAUGGCUGGUUUGGACCUUUCAAGCAACCAUUAAACAGAAUGGCUCGUACCAAGCAAACUGCUCGUAAAUCGACUGGAGGAAAAGCUCCCAGAAAGCAAUUGGCUACCAAGGCCGCUCGUAAGAGUGCGCCAGCAACUGGAGGAGUCAAAAAGCCACAUCGCUACAGGCCUGGAACAGUAGCUCUCCGUGAAAUUCGUCGUUACCAGAAGAGUACUGAACUUCUCAUCCGUAAACUUCCAUUCCAACGGCUAGUUCGGGAGAUCGCCCAGGACUUCAAGACUGAUUUGAGAUUCCAGAGCUCAGCUGUGAUGGCUCUUCAGGAAGCCAGUGAGGCUUACCUCGUUGGUCUUUUCGAAGAUACCAAUCUCUGUGCUAUUCACGCCAAGAGAGUCACCAUCAUGCCCAAGGACAUCCAGCUGGCUCGUCGUAUCCGUGGAGAGAGAGCUUAAAUAUUGAAAUUUUGCACCCAACUCAAUCGGCCCUUUUCAGGGCCAAUAAAUUUUUACAACGUGUAAUCACUCA